CACGAGCAGUUGAGCGAAGCGCACGAGAAGGGUAGUGCACUCGCAAGGGCAUGGCAGCAGUCGGGGGCCGACCGGCUCGCCGAGGUCAAGAAUGUCGCUUCCAAGGCGGCCGCAUCGCUUAAGGAGAAGGACGAGCUCAUCGUAGAGAUGAAGGAGCUGUACCACAAGCUGGCUGAUAAGUACACGCAGUUGGCUGAGAGGCGACAGAGAGAGAUCGACGAUGGAAAGGCUCGAUUGGAGAAGGCUAGCGAGGCCAAUGAGAAGAAGCUGUCGUCAGUGAUAGAAAGAACACAGGCAAUCUUGAAGUCGGUUGAGGAUGAUAACGCUGCAGCGACCAGCCGCACUGAGGCGUACAUCAACUCCAUCCUGGCUUUGAACGAUCGUCUCAUGGCGACUCUGAAGAGCUCUUCCAAGCAGUCAGAGGGAGAGAUGGCCAAGAUAGUCACCAUGCUACAGACCGAACGGAGGAAGAGACGCAGUGCUGAGGAGGCGCUGGAGAAGGUGUCAUCCGAAUCAGCUGGGCAGGAGCCAUCAGCAGCUGCUAGUCGUAGGCUGGCUGUUCAUCUGGCUCGUCACGUUCAGGAUCUCACUGCA